AAUUGCCAUCAUCAAUUCCUACCAAAGAUCCUAUUUCAUUAGUUAGGCAUUUAUCACCGCAAUGUCAGGCUGCUUUUUUAAGCAUUGUCACGAGUCCAGAAUUUUUGCGUUGUGUGCCAGUUGCAGCGUUAUUGCCACUUUUAACUGACCCAACUCUUCUCUUGAGUGUUUUAAAAGAUCCUAUCACAAAUCUACCUAAAUUAUUGCCACUAUACGAUGCUACCUGUGCUCUUCCGAAAUGUUCUAAUAAAUUUGUGAAUAGUUCCCUUAGUACUUUAAAGACUGGCUGUUCUGAUUCUAAAGAUGCUA